CAGUCGGAUGGAGGAAAGAAACCUUCAACCGAUGUCAGAACAAUUCUGUCUGUGAAACAACUCCAGACAACUUUAAUUUAAUUCCAGCAACCAUGAAAUGGUUUAGCUUGUUUUCCAUCUUGGUGGUUCUGCUGCUGAUGAAAUCAUCCUCAGGUGCUGCUGAAUCAAGUGCAGUGAAUCCCUGUUGCUACUAUCCUUGUCAGAACAGAGGUGUGUGUGUGCGAUUCGGUACAGAAAACUACAGCUGUGACUGCACCCGAACAGGCUUCCAUGGAAAAAACUGCACCACUCCGGAGUUCUGGACCAGAAUAUAUCUGAUGCUGAAGCCUGGUUCUGGAGCAGUUCAUUUCUUUCUGACCCAUUUUAAGUGGUUCUGGACCAUCAUCAACAACUCUUUCCUGCGAGAUACAUUCAUGAGAAUCGUGCUUACUGUCAGAAAUGAACUUAUUCCCAGUCCGCCAACCUACAACACGAAGUACGAGUACAUCAGCUGGGAGUCGUACUACAACCUCUCUUACUACACCCGCCUCCUCCCUCCCAUACCCAAAGAUUGCCCUUUGCCAAUGGGAACCAAAGGUAAACCUGAUCUUCCUGACCCCAAAGAGUUUUGUGAGAAAUAUUUUAAAAGGCGGCAAUUCAGGCCAGAUCCUCAGGGGACCAAUCUGAUGUUUGCUUUUAUGGCUCAACACUUCACCCACCAGUUCUUCAAGAAAAGUCACAAAGCUACCGUAGGAUUCACAAAGGCUUUGGGGCAUGGGGUAGAUGCAAGCAACAUAUAUGGAGAAGAACUUGAAAGGCAGCAUCAGCUUCGGCUUCAUAAAGAUGGAAAGCUAAAAUAUCAGCUGAUCAAUGGGGAGAUGUACCCUCCCAAGGUGUCUGAGGUCCCAGUGGACAUGGUGUACCCUGAAGGUUUCCCCGCUGAGCAGCGGCUCGCCGUCGGACAGGAAGUGUUCGGGCUCGUCCCAGGCCUCACCAUGUACGCCACCAUCUGGCUGAGGGAGCACAACCGGGUGUGUGACAUCCUGAAAGGCGAACAUCCGACCUGGGAUGACGAGCAGCUUUUCCAGACCACCAGACUUAUCAUUAUUGGUGAGAUCAUCAACAUUAUAAUAGAGGAGUACGUGCAGCACCUGAGCGGCUACCACCUGAAGCUGAAGUACGACCCCUCCCUGCUCUUCGGAGUGCGCUUCCAGUACACUAACCGCAUCGCCCUGGAGUUCUCCCACCUCUACCACUGGCACCCACUCAUGCCGGACAGCUUCCUCAUCGACGGAGAAGAAAUCCCGUACUCCCAGUUUUUGUACAACACCUCCAUCUUGACGCAUUACGGCGUGGAGAAGCUGGUGGAUGCUUUCUCUCGGCAGUCUGCAGGACAGAUAGGCGGCGGUCGCAACAUUCAUCAAGCGGUGCUCCGAGUCCCAGAAAUAUUGAUCAGAGAUUCCAGAGCUGCACGUCUUCAACCUUUCAAUCAAUACCGAAAAAGGUUCAACUUGAAGCCGUACUCCUCCUUUUAUGAAUUAACUGGUGAUGUAGAAACAGCUCGAGGUUUAGAGGAGCUCUACGGCGACAUUGACGCCCUGGAGUUUUAUCCCGGCCUCAUGAUGGAGAAAACUCGCCCCAACUCCAUAUUCGGAGAGAGCAUGGUGGAGAUGGGAGCCCCUUUCUCCCUGAAAGGCCUGUUUGGGAAUCCCAUCAACUCUCCAGAGUACUGGAAGCCCAGCACCUUCGGAGGCGAGACGGGUUUCAACAUCAUCAAAACGUCGACUCUGAAGAAACUGGUCUGUCUGAACACCAAGUGGUGCCCGUACGUGGACUUCCAUGUCCCGCGAAACGAGGAGGAGGUGAAGCCGAGGAACCCGUCCACCGAACUUUAAUGAACAAUCGUCUACUGAAAAAUAGAAUUUUGAUACUAAAGGAGUUUAUUCAGCUUGUUUGUUCAUUUUAAUUCAGUGGAAAACUGGUUAUUAAGCAGGUCUACCUCCUGAAAAUGCAGCUGACAUGUUUUUAAAAGGCCUGUUGAAAGUUUCAACUGAUGUCCAUUAAAGUCGUUAUUCCUCACAAGUUCUCAUGCUUGUAUUUUCUAUGGAAGGAGUACAGCCUCAUUGGCAACUUGUCAUUU